AUGCCUCGCAGCAAUCGCUGGCGCAACAUUGAUCGCCUCCUUGGCUUCAAUAGACAUGGCAGCCACUCUGGCCGUCACUGGCUUCACGAAGAAGAGCGUGCUCUGCUUCCGCAUAUUCGUAAUGAGGAUAUAGACUCUGCCAUUCCGCCGGCCGAAGUUACAAAAGUAUGCCUUCGGCUGAGGCAUCUAGUUCAGGAGUGCGUGCCGUGUGAGAUGGAAGAGAGCCGAAUCACAGAACCACACAGCCGUAUCAUCACGCCACACGUCGUUCGGGCUGCUAAGGAAGCAGGCGGUCAAGAGAACAAGGGUUGUGUGGUCUAUUCUUUACUCGUCAAUCAACGGUGGUUCACGCAUGAGGCCAAUGUCGAGCUCUGGGAUGCCGGUCUGCACAACCUCCGAGCUGAAGCAUGCGGCGUCAUAGCAAAGGCUCUUAUCGAGGAGGAAGAAGACACUGCGUAUCUUUUACACUCCGUGUUAUUGCGUCGAUAUUCAUACAUCGCAAACGGCAUAGCGACCCCUCCCGUUAAUGUAAUUGAAAAAGCUGUUGAUUUACACGCCGUCCGAGUCAUUGGAUCUUCAGGAUAUCAAAAAUGCAUCAGCUAUCUAUGGCGUGGUUGGCUAGUCCAAGACGAGAACGAUCCGUCCGUCUUUGUGGAUUACGAUAAUAAGGACAAUACUAGAUUCUUUGUUCAUAUGGAUCCGGACCGGAUGCGAAGCCCCAGAAACCAGAAUCUUGCCCAGCUUUUAUUCUCACUCAUCUACCUUGCCCUCUUCACAAUUGCCAUCAAUACUGUCAACGCUAGUGGCGUCAUCGACAUCGCUGAAGGAGCCUUGUACGCUUUUACGCUUGGCUAUGUAUGCGACGAGCUGCUCAAGGUUUACAAAGCCGGACCUCAAAUUCUGGGGUUUUGGAAUGCGUUCAACGCAAUCCUAUAUGCAUUUUUAACGGCUUCUUUUAUAUUCCGCGUCAUUGGCUUGACCUUUGCGGCCCACACCGAUGGCCGAACUUAUUACAGCACCCUGGGUUACAAUGUUCUGGCUUUUACCGCCCCCAUGUUUUGGUGCCGCCUCUUGCUCUACCUGGACAGCUUCAGGUUCUUUGGCGCAAUGCUCGUGGUUCUAAAAGUCAUGAUGAAGGAGUCUGUGAUAUUCUUUGCUCUUCUCAUCGUCAUAAUUAUCGGAUUCUUGCAGGCUUUUAUCGGCCUUGACCUUACCGACGACAAUGUGGCUGAUGAUGUAGUGUUCAUCAUUGAGUCUAUGACGAGAGCUCUUCUUGGCAGUCCAGAAUUUGAUGGCUUUGAUGGCUUUGGGCCACCUUGGGGUGCUAUCCUGUACUACUGCUUUACAUUCAUCGUCAUGGUCAUUCUUCUCAAUAUUCUCAUUGCCCUCUACAACUCUGCUUACGAGGAUAUCUAUGACAACGCGGAUGAUGAAUAUUUGGCUCUCUUCGCUCAAAAGACAAUGCAAUUUGUUCGGGCACCAGACGAAAAUGUCUACAUUGCUCCAUUCAACUUGAUAGAGAUUGUAAUUUCGGCUCUAUUCGAAUGGUGGAUGAGCAAGAAGGCUUACGAAUUCAUCAAUGAUUGCGUCAUGGGCUUUUUGUACUCUCCACUUCUCUUGAUCACAGCUUUCUUUGAGACUCGUACUGCGUACGGUAUCCGCCGCAAUCGGGCACGCGGAGAAGAAGAUGACGAUAUCAUUGAAGAGUGGGAACAAUUGGCACACGAAAUUGAUUUUGGAGCCGAAGGCUGGGCCAAGAAAUGCGAGGCCGUCAAACCCAAUCUGGAGGUUGAUCCAGCUAUCCUUGAGAUUAAGAAGCUCCGAGGUGAAAUCGCCGAGCUGAGGUCCAUGCUGUCUGAUAUUAGUGAUCAUGUCCAAUACCCGACCAGCCAGGAUACCAAAAUUGGAGAUGGUAGCACUCACGAUGAUUUCAAAGCUUCUUACUUCGAAUCGACUCAUGUGGAAAGUGAACCUACUGGAAAAACGGCAAAGCAUGUCGGACAUGAGCCUGCAAGCACAUCGGAUGAUGUAAGAGAGGAAGCAGGGCAGAGCAGCUCCGAACAGUUGAUUGAAACCACUGAAGAAUCUGCAAAGCCUGCCAAACCGUCUGAAGAAUUGGCUCAGCUAACCGAAGAACCUACACAUCCUUUUACGCGCCCCUCAGAGGCUGAACCAGAGGCUGAAUCGGAAACUCACGAUGCACAUCCUAAAGCCUCCGAAUCCAAGGCUCCUGAAAACAUUCCUUUUAAGGUAUCCGAAGACAUAGCCUUUGAUUCGUCUGAAGAUGUUCCAUCUAAGACGCCUGAUGAUGUACUAUCUGAAGCUCCUGAAGCGAUGCCCUUCCAAGCCCCAGAAGGUGCCCCCCUUGAGGCCCCUGAGUUUGUUCCGUUCAUGGCUCCUGAGGAUCUACCAACAGAAACCCUUGAAGGCGUAUCCUCCAAGGCUCCUGAAGUCGAAUCCCCCAAAGCUCCUGAAGCUCUAUCGUCCAAGGCUCCCGAGGUUGAACCAUCCGAUACUCUUGAAGGCGUAACAUCUAAGCCUAGUGAAGAAGCACCUGAGAAUACAUCAUCUAAAGCUCCUGAAGCCGCGGCACCGGAACGUCUUGCACGCGCUGAGACUGAAGAACCCGAAGCUGAUGAUCCUAAUCCAGACAGUCCUACAUCUGGCGAAGCUAGAGCUGAGGAGGGUGGGCAGCCUUCGCAAGGAGCAAAGAAGAGAAGACGGAGAAAGAAGAACAAGGGAGCGCAAGGUGGUCCAAGUGGUGGUAGCUAA